UGUUAGUUAUCAUUUGCACAAAUUAAAGAACGCAUCUGACAUAUGCCACUUCCUCUCAUUUAUAUCCUGCAUUUCAGGUGGCCACCCUAAUCAGGAUAGGCCUUUGCAGUUCGCACAAAACGGGGCACGAGAACCAGAUCUGCCAAACCAUGCAACUCUGCACCAUACCCAUGAUGAAACUUUCCCUCAGGCUGAUAAUGUACAUUGUGAUAAGGACAUGGAAGGUGAACCUUCACUAGUUUCCUCUCAGGUGCAUGUUCACACAGGUCUGACUAGUGAUCAUGUACUACCUCCUGACAUGGCUGAAGGAGACACAACAGCAGCCUUGCCAAUUACUAGUGACCACACCAACCAAGACAUCAACCACGCCACACCUAUGCAGUUGGAACAACACAUGGCCCUAGAAUCAGGGAUCCCAAUCCCUGUAGCGCAGCACAAUAGCCAUGACGAUAGUUUCCCUCAUUCUGAUGUUCCCAUAAAUGUAACCAUUGAUCAACUCGUGCCUCCUAUUGCAGCUGAAGGAGCUACUGGCCCAGACAUUGCUGGCAUUGCAGGAAGCCAUCAUAAUGCUGAUGCUGCAACCUCAAACUACAGCGUGACUAUACCAACACCAGGUGUUGUUUUGGACACCGACGAUCCAGAACCAUAUCAGAUGGAAGCAACUGAUAUGGCAACUGACGACACCCUAGGCCCUAUUCUUUUCCAUCCUUGCACUCAAAACGAGCCCAUCUAG